AUGAUGAACGAGGAAGAUCUAAGGUCCGAAUUAAAAGCAGAAUUCGCAGGCAUAGAUGAAGAGGCAUUAUUGAAAUGUAUUUCGAUGUGUCGGACCUACAAUAUCACUCCAGAAAAUCUGAGAUAUAAGUGGGAAGCCUUCUCAUUUAACUCUUCCAUUAAGGAUACACCUAUCACAUUUUUUACUGCUGAUUCGGCGAGCAGCCUUCAACAAAUGCUUCAGCGAGAGGUUGCAAAUGUGGGACAACAGAAAGCUGCCGUCUCCAAACCCGGCGUUGCAAAGAAACUCAGACAGCCUGCGACUGGGAGUGUGGCGGGGUAUUCAACCCCUAUGCAAUCGCGAAGGAGACAAGGAGGGGUCAAAAUCGAGCCUAACACACCUUCACUCCACGCCCGUGCUCGAGCCCCCGCUGGGCCGCCAGCGAAUUACAGGCCACCACAAAAUGCCGACUCAUAUAAUUAUCGCUACAUGUACGAGAAAAUACAUGACCGCGCUGCAAUCUUGGAUGAUCAGCUCGACGAGAUGGCCGAAACAGUGAGGAAGCAUUAUCAGUUACAAGAGCUUGGGGACCCCAGCAUCGUAACACAGGAUGAAGUAGUCGUGGUUGGCAGAAUUGUCAGUGAUAGCGAAACCAAGAUCAGCGAAAGUUCCAUAUUCAUAGAGUCUUCAAGAAUGAUGGGAAUGGGUGCUCGAACCCCGCUUGAAUUCGAUGCAAAUGUAAAGAUCCGUUGUGCAUCAGAUCGAGGGACAGGUUCAACAGGAAUAGGCUUGUUCCCAGGAAUGAUCGUGGCCUUAAAGGGUAAAAACGGCUCAGGGGAAAGUUUUGUUGUUUCAGAAUUCCUGCGAAUACCACCUCUUUUGCCAAGCCUCAAAUCAGACAUAGAUUCAUCCUUAAAGGUGGUUAUUGCUUGCGGGCCUUAUAGCUUCGAUUCGGAUUUGGAAUACAAGCCGUUUGCUACGUUGGUCGAUAAUGUCCUUACCGAACGACCACAGUUGCUCGUAUUAAUCGGCCCGUUUGUGGAUUCAAAUCACUCGUUGGUUAAGACAGGUCAAGUUGACGAUACUCCCGUUGAUAUAUUUCGGUACAAAAUCGCAAAUCAUCUUGUCCAGCUAGAAAAUGAGAUCCCAGAGCUUCUUGUGGUCAUCGUACCUAGCCCUCGGGAUCUGAUUAACCAUCAUGUUGUCUUUCCUCAAGCACCCAUCGAACGUAUCCCUCAACUUGGGCUACCCAAACGUUCCCAACUAAUACCAAACCCAAGCAUUUUUUCGGUCAAUGGUAUUAGAAUUGGUGUAACAUCCAUUGACGUUUUGUUUCAUAUCCGCAAGGAUGAGUUUUUCAAGCAUGCCCCAGAAGUAUCGGAUGAGCCUGGUGGUCAGGCGGCAGACGCAAUGACAAUGCUCUGUCGGCAAAUUCUUGAACAGCAAAGCUUCUAUCCCCUAUUUCCGGUGCCCAAAGAGUUACAAGAGGAUGUAAAUCUGAGCAUCACCCAUUCCAGCCUCCUCAAGAUGGAUGGGUUCGCUCCAGAUCUUUUGAUUCUUCCAAGUAGACUAAAGGAGUUCCAGAAGGUUGUUGACUCGACAACCGUGGUCAACCCUGCAUUGGCAGCCAAAUUCAGUUCCGCUGGGACUGCCGUCUGCUUGAAUAUUAGUCGGAGCCCCGGAGAGAGUCUUCAAUCCAGCAUGAAAACAAUCAAGCUGGGAACAUAG